AGUGUUUUGUCAGCGUUGUGUCCCGUGGUAAAGUCCGUCGACUAACCAUGGCGGCGUCGUUAUGUAGAGACCCCAUUCACUUAACUUUACAAGGAAGAAAGUGACGGGGCUACGCUUUGAUACAUCUACUCAUCCCCCUGUCAGCUCGUUCCUUCCUGCACAAGGAAAGCAACAAAGUGUUAGGCGUUACAGCGUACCUGUCUAGCUACCUUCCUGACCAAGUCCCAGCUGAAUGUUUCACCGCUUAAUAAUGUAAUAACAAAGUUUCUCCUGCCUUCCCCAGUGUUUAUUGUGAGACGACAACAGCAAUGGUGAGUCUACAAAGCGUACAACAUGACAAACUACGGCUUUAUUCACCUCUGUAUGUAAUUUAAGAUCAUCCAGCAGACGAGGGACAGCCGCCAUCUUUACUCUCCCGCGAGCUAGCGAGAAGUGACUACUCUGGAGGUACUCACCAAGUGAUUUGCGCAUGCGCUACAAGACUAGGCAUCCUUGGCUGGGGCAAUUGUCUGUUGCUGUGAUUGGUUGUUCCGCAGUGUAUAAGGCGGUCCUAAUAGCUUCAACUGUAAUUCCAGAGGAUUUGCUACCGGCUGUAAACACCGCUGUUGCGUUCCGAGCGUUUUCGUCAAAUAAUGCGUCGUAGACCGCCUGCUCCACAUUUACAAUUGCUCACUGUGACACUUAGUAAGUUGUCACUAUGUUUUACAGAAGAUGAACGCUCCCUUGUCCGGAUUAAAAGCACGAUAAGGUCGCGGUGCAAAGAUGGCUGCACUGCUGUUGCAAAAAGUGAAGUUGCUGUUGUGAAGAGGCGGAGUGGGCGUCACACCCGCCCUGCAGAGGAAACACGGCUGUCAGUCUCGAGUGUGCGCGUGUGUGCCACACCAAACUACAUAACCGAAGACAUUUCUUGUGCACGAUAAACGUAAACUGAUGGUUGUGCAUUUUAUCGAGAAUCCACGCCUGUUUGAAAUUAGGCUGUUGAGAAAAUAACGUCAUAAAGCGUCACAGUACAGUAUCCCUGUUGUGUGACUUAAAUGUGAGGGAAUUAAUCACAACAAUGCGCAUCACUUCCUUAAAAAGUAAGGACAGUUGUUAUCGAUACGUGUGCUGCCCAUAGUGUUUGCUCAUAGAGUAUCUUAACUGCCUGUCGCGCCUUAUAAGCUGUAUUUAUUUAGUUUUGAAACAAAGGUUGGAUGUUCUCUAUUUCGCUCAGCUGUCCCGCUUAUCGACACAUCGGGGUGCGAUGUUGAAAGAAACUAACCCCCGUCCGAGUGACGUCACUGUCGCUCUUAUAAAUCACACAGGUGCGUUUAAUAGUGCACGUUGCUGCUGAUAAAUUUCUGAUGAGAAGUCCGGCUACCUCUUUCGGUCUUUGUUUGCUUAAACUACUGGAAGCAUGAGUGCCAGAGGUGGAACUCCUUACAUUGGCAGCAAAAUAAGUUUGAUAUCGAAAGCACAGAUUCGUUAUGAAGGUAUAUUGUCCUCUGUGGACACCGAUAGGUCCACUGUUGCUUUAGCCAAAGUUAAGGCAUAUGGGACAGAGGACCGUCACACUGACAGCCCAGUGCCACCCAAAGAUGAAAUGUAUGAAUACAUAAUAUUCCGGGGAAGUGACAUAAAGGACAUCACUGUGUCUGAGCCAGCAAAGCCACACCAUGGGCUCCCUCGAGACCCUGCUAUAGUACAGGUGUGUGUUUGGCUUUGUUUCUUUGUUGUGGUUGAACUGAAGAAAUUGCUACACUUUUUGCUGUUUAAGUCCUCUCUCAGCAGCUCCUGCGGUGGAUAUCACCCACGCUGGAGCUCCUACAGAGAUUACAAUUACACUUACAAUCAGCUGGCAGCCAGCUCUCUACUCAACCAGCAGUACAGUGCAGCCCUGGGUCUAGUUCCAGGAUUCCAUGGUAUCCCCAUCAGAAGAGCUCCCAUGGUUGAACAAGCUGUUCAGACUGUACCGUCGGCCAGCAAUGCUCAGAAAAACGGAAAAUCCUCGACCCAGCCGCAGGUCAAACAGGCUGUUCGUCCAUCCCGACAGUCUGGUUCCCAGGUUCAGAAAGAAAAUGUACCCACGAGAAGUCGCAGGUCCAGGAACCGGAGCAGAGGCCAGCUUCUCGUAAAAAACUCCAAGUCCACAACUUUGAAGUUUGAGUCCGAUUUUGAUUUUGAAACUGCAAAUGCUCAGUUUAAAGACGAUCUCACGAAGGAGGUUGUAGUUGGGAAGGCGAACUCUGGGGUGGCCCCUAACAGCCAGUGUACACAGGAGGAGGAGACUCUUGGUGAAAAGUACUACGACAAGAGUAAGGGCUUCUUUGACAACGUCUCCUCAGACAUGAAGCCCAGGAGGACAACAUGGGCUGAGGAGAAAAAAUUAAACAUGGAGACUUUUGGAGUACCAGGCCGCUUCCUGAAGGGCAGAGGAUUCCGGGGGCGGGCUCGCAGAGGGCAAAGCAUGGCUGAGCAGAGACCCCUCCCAAAAAUUGUGGGUGGGAGAGUAUAAAUUUUGUUUGGUUUUCUUUGUAAAUAGAUUGUAAUUUUCUACUUAAUUGCCUCCCCUUUUUCAAUUUGAAGCACUCAAUGUUUUUGUUUCACAAGCCUGCAUUUAUGGGAGUGUCCAUUUUGUCUGAUCUAUAAGGGGGGAGAGAGAUUUAGUUUUAAUCCAGCAGCUGUAGACCAAGUGAAUGUAUACAUUUGUAGUUUAGCAUGCAGUGGAAGACUUGUCCUCGAACAGCACAUCAGACAUGCAAUUUAAUUUGGUUGCUGUAGUUCUGGAUGUUCUGCUUGACUGUCCACAUGUAAAUCCAAACUGGUCUUGAAGAUUAUUUGUACUUUUAUUUUCUCCGACCUGUAAUGUUUGUAAAAAAAAACUGAAGUAACAGUUGCUAUUAAAUAAGGUGG